AAUCACAAAAUAACAAAAGACCUGCAAAUAGAAAAUUGAACGACCGUAGUUCGCAUCCUUUGUUUUCUUGAGAGUUGAGCCAAGAAGAGAGGUUUAGUUGCAACAGAUUGUCAACCAUGAAAGCUUUGCUUAGCCGUGACAUCAGAUGUCUGUGACAUCAGAAAGAGAUCCCAGGGGAGUCACAUGUCAGCUAAGCUGAAAUGGCCAAAAUAGUUUUGUACAUCGGUUCGCAGUCUUGUGCCUUGUGAUCCUGGGAUGAGUCUUCAGAAUGGGGAUUUGCCAGGGCAGCCUUCCAAAAUCCACCAAGCCCUUGAAGCAUGAACUAAAAGAAAAGUUGAAAGACUCGGUCAUCAUCUUUAUGAUAGGAGGCCCCGGCUCCGGGAAAGACGUGCAGAGUAUCCGGCUAGCUAGUAAAUACGAUUUCUCCCACGUGGCUAUUGGAGAGAUGCUGCGGGAAGAAGCCAGCAGAAAUACUAGCAAAGGCAAAGCCAUUAGGGAGAUCCUGCUGAAAGGGGCUCUGGUGCCCUCG